AUGCUCCCUCGUAAAUCACUCCUCCUUUCCCUCUCCCUCGCCACUCUUCUCCUCUUCUCGUCCCUCUCCCUCACUCUCUCCAACAAACCCUCACUAAACGACACCAAAACCAACCAAGACGACAACGAUGAUGAAGAUCUCAGCUUCCUCGAGGAGCCCCAUGACGCCGCCGACACUUCGCACCACGCCCACUUCCCAGAUCCCGACCACUUCGACAACGACGAUGACGACGACUUCGGCGACUUCUCCGGGUUUGACUCCCCGUCCGAGGAGGCUUUCAAGGAGCCUGCGGUCGACGACAAGGACGUCGUCAUUUUGAAGGAGCGCAACUUCACCACCGUCAUCGAGAACAACCGCUUCGUCAUGGUCGAGUUCUACGCCCCUUGGUGCGGCCACUGCCAAGCCCUCGCGCCUGAGUACGCCGCCGCAGCCACCGAGCUCAAGCCCGAUGGCGUCGUUCUGGCCAAGGUCGACGCCACCAUCGAGAACGAAUUGGCGCACGAGUACGACGUCCAGGGCUUCCCCACCGUCUUCUUCUUCGUCGAUGGCGAGCACAAGCCUUACACUGGCCAAAGAACCAAAGAUGCUAUAGUGACAUGGAUUAAGAAGAAAAUAGGACCUGGUGUAUCCAACAUAACCACGUUGGAUGAAGCUGAACGCAUAUUGACCGCCGAAAGUAAAGUUGUUUUGGGUUUCCUGAACUCUUUAGUUGGUGCCGAGAGUGAUGAGCUAGCUGCGGCGUCAAAGCUUGAGGAUGGUGUCAACUUUUAUCAAACUGUGGUACCUGAUGUGGCAAAGCUUUUCCAUAUUGAUGCAAGCGUUAAACGCCCUGCUUUGAUCUUGCUCAAGAAAGAGGAGGAGAAACUGAACCAUUUUGAUGGAAAAUUUGUAAAAUCUGAAAUAGCUGAAUUUGUAUCCUCCAACAAGCUUCCUUUAGUUACAACGUUUACAAGAGAAAGUGCCCCAGAAAUCUUUGAAAGUCAAAUAAAAAAACAGUUGUUGCUGUUUGCGACUUCAAAUGAUACUGAGAAGUUUGUUCCAGUAUUUAAAGAAUCUGCAAAACAUUUUAAGGGGAAGCUGAUCUUUGUUCUUGUGGAAAUGGAUAGUGAAGAUGUUGGAAAGCCUGUUGCAGAUUAUUUUGGUAUCACUGGGAAUGGCCCCAAAGUACUUGGAUACACAGGAAAUGAUGAUGGAAGAAAAUUUUUGCUUGAUGGAGAGGUGACUGUUGACAAAUUAACGGCAUUUGGAAAUGAUUUUCUUGAAGAAAAGCUAAAACCUUUCCUCAAGUCAGAUCCAGUUCCUGAAAGCAAUGAUGGUGAUGUGAAAAUAGUUGUUGGGAAUAACUUUGAUGAAAUUGUCUUGGAUGAGUCAAAGGAUGUUCUGCUUGAGAUUUAUGCUCCCUGGUGCGGCCACUGCCAAGCUCUGGAACCAACAUACAACAAACUUGCUAAACAUCUUCGCAGCAUCGAGUCUAUUGUUAUAGCCAAGAUGGACGGAACGACAAAUGAGCAUCCCAGGGCCAAGGCUGAUGGAUUCCCCACUCUUCUCUUCUACCCAGCAAGAAACAAAAGUUCUGAUCCUAUUCCUGUUGAUGUGGAUCGUUCAGUGGUAGCCUUUUAUAAGUUCCUCAGGAAACAUGCAUCAAUCCCAUUCCAGCUCCAGAACCCGGCAACAACUUCUAAACCCAGGAGCGAGAGUUCUGAUGUCAAGGAGAGCCAGAGCAGCAGCGCUGAUGUGAAGGACGAAUUAAUUUUCCAUUCACUAUCCUUAAAAUCUGACAUGAUUGAAGGAACAGUUCUUGAGGUGAUCAAAAACCCUCCGAUCCUCUCGCAUCCCGAGGCCUCACCCCUUAUAAACCCACUCAUCAUUUUCUGUCCUCACACUUUUCCAGAUCUAACACCCAUUUUCCGUUCCGUUCAAAACAGUUCUUCUUUCUCUCUCGCACACUUUCACACUUUCGUCUUCUUUCGUCAUCGCAGUUUCAAUUUCAUCUCAGAUCCAACAUUGUUCACCACAAAUUCAAUUCGUUCCAUGGCCAAUCCUGCACCCGCCAGAUUCUCGGCUCUUCUUCUCCUCCUUUCUUUGUUAGUCAACACCGCUUCCGCCACCGAUUCUCCGACUCUGCCGCCGGAGUUAUCUCCCUCUUCUCCUCCUUCACAUUCUCCUUCUCCUCAUGUCGCUCCCGCUUCCCACCCUUCCCCGGCGGAAUCACCCCAAUCUCCAUCUCCGACGCCUAAUAGUAACGAUUCGCCGCCGUCUCCUACGCCUCAGAACUCUCAUUCUCCUUCGCCGGCUCCGUCUCCGGACGGUGAAGAUAACGAUGGAGUCAACCGCGCCGACUUGGCUGGCAACAGCGGUAAAUCUUCCUCCGGAGGAAUGAGUUCCGGCAAGAAAGCGGGAGUGGCGGUGGGAGUAAUCGUCGCCGCUGGCGUGGUUGUGUUGGGAGCGUUCGUGUACAAGAAGCGCCGCCAGAACAUCCAACGGUCACAGUACGGAUACGCAGCGAGGAGAGAACUUCUUUAG